AUGGGGGCUAAAACCAGUCAGCAGCCCCUGCCCAGGCCCCAGCAGGCGCAGUCUCGCAAAGGGGCUCUUUACUAUUCGAAGCCCGGGCCAGGUCAGGUUUGGCCUGGCAGGGGCCCGGACACCUCCUCCCCAUCCCCUGCCUCGGCCUGGAGGCCUCCCCAGGAGGCGCACAGCACCCGGGGAGCUCCUGCACGCCGCGGCCGGGCCUGGGGCACCCACCCGGCCCUGCCGCCAGGGAGCCGAGCUGCCCGCGGGGGCUCAAGCUGGGUGUCGGACCUCCGCCUGCCCUGCUCCAGGCAGGAGCUCCCCAGGGAGCCGAUGGCCACCUGCGCCCCUUCCCCAUUUGGACCAUUCUCUGGGAUUGCUCUCGAUUACAGCGUGAUCAGGUCUGCUUUUCAGUUCAGGCUUCAAGUGCAGCUUGUUGGUUUGGAUGAAGAGAGCUCAGAAUUCAUUUGCAGGAACACCUUUGAUCACCCCUACCCUACCACAAAACUUAUGUGGAUCCCGGACACCAAGGGAGUAUAUCCAGACCUGCUGGCAACCAGUGGUGACUAUCUGCGAGUGUGGAGAGUGGGUGAAACAGAGACCCGGCUGGAGUGUUUGCUGAACAAUAACAAGAACUCUGAUUUCUGUGCUCCACUAACAUCAUUUGACUGGAAUGAAGUGGAUCCUUACCUUCUAGGUACCUCUAGUAUUGACACAACCUGCACUAUUUGGGGUCUGGAGACAGGACAGGUUCUGGGAAGAGUAAAUCUGGUCUCUGGCCAUGUGAAGACCCAGCUUAUUGCACAUGACAAAGAGGUGUAUGACAUAGCAUUUAGCCGUGCAGGUGGCGGGAGAGAUAUGUUCGCUUCAGUUGGCGCAGAUGGCUCGGUGAGGAUGUUCGAUCUCCGUCAUCUGGAACACAGCACCAUAAUUUAUGAGGACCCACAGCACCAUCCAUUGCUGCGUCUCUGCUGGAAUAAGCAGGAUCCCAACUAUCUUGCUACAAUGGCCAUGGACGGCAUGGAGGUUGUGAUUCUAGAUGUCAGAGUUCCCUGCACUCCUGUUGCCAGGUUAAACAACCACAGAGCGUGUGUAAAUGGAAUUGCUUGGGCACCUCAUUCUUCCUGCCACAUUUGCACAGCAGCGGAUGACCAUCAGGCUCUCAUCUGGGAUAUCCAGCAAAUGCCUCGUGCCAUUGAGGACCCUAUCUUGGCCUAUACAGCAGAGGGAGAAAUCAACAAUGUACAGUGGGCAUCAACUCAGCCAGACUGGAUAGCUAUCUGCUACAACAACUGCCUGGAGAUUUUAAGAGUGUAACAUUACUGCUUCAUGCCACAUUGAGGCAGGGCUGUAUAAUUUCCUCUCCCCUCUAAAGUAAGAACAACACGAGUCAAGUGGCCAGUAUCUGUUGUUGCUUUGCAUCUACUGUUACAAGAAACUGUUACAAGAAUCCGUGGCAGGUGUCUCCUGUCUCUCCAAGACUCUCAAAUGCAGAGACGUGCUGAGCCUCUUGGACCUUCUGGGUUCUGGUUUUCUUUUUCUUUCUAGUUCUAAAUAUUUGUUGACUGUAUUAAUAAGCUUGCAGGCUUUUAAGUUGCUACAUAUGUCCAUAUGUUUGUCAGCUAGCUGAGGCAGCACAUCCAACUAGUUUAAUAGAUGCAAGUGCAAAACAAGGUGGGGAAAAAGACACUGAUGUUAACAGCCACCUUGGCAGGAAUCUUUAUCAUUCCUGUUUUUGCUGCCUCUAAACUGUUUAAACAUUUGUAUGUUUUUUAUAUAUUGGGCUAACUUUCUAUUGAGUAAGGUUUUUCUCCCUAAUUCUUACUUUUGAUAUGUGAUCCACUUCCAUAUGCCCAAAGCAGGAUCUAUUCGUUGAUACAAAUCACAGUAACACUGCAGGCUCCCUGGUGGUAAAGGCCUGCCGGAAUUAACUGUUGCCUUGGCUCUCUACACCUGGUUACCUGGGCAGAAUUUUCUGGUGCUGUGAAGUACAAAUACUUGUUGCACAAUUUCCUUACACUUUUCUGAUGCUAGAGGCAGUUGUUACUAUGGUAGGCCUUAUUUUUAAAAUAUGACUGAAUUUGUGUUUAUCCUGCAGUUGUGUUAGCUAACAGAAUGGUAAUAGGUUUCAGAAAGAAGAUACGUGCAUGACUUAAGCUCCCAGGAGGUAGACGACUCCUGAAAAAAUGAUUUGUAAUGGACUUGGGAUUGACACUUCCAAUUAAAUGAUUUCCUUUCAGAAGACUUACUAUCUAAACCAAAAUAAAAUGGUUUCACACUUUGUAGCUUGCUUGAUUGGCAAAUAAUAUGAGCAAGAUUUUGUGGUUAGCCUGUACCUUGGAGCUUCUUUGCGUUUGGCCUGUGUUCCUGCGAGUUCUUGAAAGGAGUGCAAAGCAGUCUUUUUUCCGAAGUGUAUUUGCUUUGUACUGUCAGGUCUUGUUGAAGGAGCGAGAUGAGUUUGAAAAGCUGGUCUAUCCAAAUGA